GGAUCUGAUCCGGAUUUGAGGAUUUUAUAUUAUUUUUUUUUAAUGGAGCGGUGACUAAAUCUUGGUCCAUAUCAAGCGUGGACACAAGCGCCACCGUGGCUCGGUAAAAUGAUUAUGAUGAACACAAGCCAUUUUUAAAAUUCUCAAGCAGCUGACGUGUAAACCUCCUGUCGCGUAAAACACGGGGCAGUUGGCACGGAGCGCAGAUGGUGGUGAUGAUGCGGAGGCUGUGGAGAUGAGCGGUAUUAAUAGGAGGGUUGAGUGCCACAGGGUUUCACUGUCGAGACCUGGGGGCUUGGUGGAGGGUCGGUGGACACGGUUGGGGGGCUUUUGAUCCAGUCUGCGCAGUGGGAAUUAAACAACAACAAUAACAAGAGGGGUUCACUGGUUAUCAGACAGCCAACAUGGACGUGCUUACAGUUCUUAAUCUGGGAGAGUUUGCCCACGUUUUCUCCAAAAUGGGGAUGUUUCCUGUGUUUGAUCUCGCUUAUUACAUCGUGUCCAUCCUCUACCUCAAGUAUGAGCCAGGCUCAGUGGAGGUUUCUCGCCGGAGUCCAGUGGCCUCCUGGCUCUGUGCCAUGCUCUACUGCUUUGGUAGCUACAUCUUGGCAGACAUCAUGCUUGGAAGCAGCCCCAUUGACUACUUCCAGCACAACAGUCACAUCCUGCUGGCCUCAGCUGUCUGGUACCUCAUCUUUUACUGCCCGCUGAACCUCUUUUAUAAAUGUGUGGCCUUCCUGCCCGUCAAGCUGGUGUUGGUUGCCCUGAAAGAAGUCGUCCGCACUCGUAAGAUCUCCGCCGGCGUUCACCACGCCCACCACGCCUAUCACCAUGGGUUCUUCAUCAUGGUCAUUGUUGGCUACGUCAAAGGGUCUGGAGUGGCUCUCAUGUCCAAUUUUGAGCAGCUGCUGCGCGGUGUGUGGAGGCCCGAGACCAAUGAGAUCCUCAGCAUGUCAUUCCCCACCAAAGCCAGUCUGUACGGUGCCAUCCUCUUCACCAUGCAGGAGGCUCACUGGCUGCCAGUGUCCAAGAGCAUCCUCAUUCUCGCCUUCACACUUUUCAUGGCCACAAGCAAGGUGGUGAUGACUGCCCGACACUCUCACGGCUCCCCCUUUACCCUCAUUGAGUCCUGGGUUUGCCAUCUGCUGUUCGGCUCCCCUCUGGGCGACUCUGAGGAGGACCACCAUCACCCUCCCGCCGCCACCCCUCCGACUUCACCCCUCAAAACCAAGGAGGAGCUGAGUGAAGGUGCACGCAAGAGGAAGGUUAAGAAAGCAGAGUAGGACGCCACGCUGCAUCAGUGAAACUGCAUCUGACUCGCUCUCAUGGCCUCCACAUGACAGGACUUCCCUUUCCUUUCUAGGGAAAGGGGCAGUUUGAUGUGUUACCAGAUGAGACCCUUUCUAUCAGAGCAAAAUGGUGCUUUCUGCACUCUACAUAGCAGGAGGACUCUGUAAAUAGCACAGCAAAUUUUUCACAUUUAAACCAAACCUGGACCUUUUAAAUCUAUUUAUUUGUGUGUCUGUGAACAUCUGUGCUCAACACUGUCGUUUUAAGACGGCCUUUGUCAAUAGUUGUCAGUGGUGUUCUUUUAGUCCACCAAACCUUAUUUCAGUACAGAGAGAAACAGAAAAUACAAAUAAAUCUGACUUUCAAUCAGAAAUUCAAAUGUGAAUGAAACAUUAUGUGAAAGACCAUUGCUGCUUUUUACAUUGAGAUGAAGAUGACUUCAUGUAUUUGAAUAAAAUCACG